AUUUCCCGCGCCAUUACUGCUCUCGAAAACACUUUCUUUGCUAUUUAGAUUCAAUUCGAAGCCCUAACUCUCUGUAAUUCUCUCCAAAUCCAUCGAUCUCUCUCUGUCGCUGUUCGAUCUGUGACAGAAGAUGUUCUAUUCGCAUACGUUUCUGGCCCGGAAAGGGCCGCUCGGAACUGUUUGGUGCGCCGCGCAUUUACAGCACAGGCUCAAGAAAUCUCACUACACCUCCACUGAUAUCUCCUCCACCGUCGAGAGCAUUAUGUAUCCAGAAGUUCCCAUAGCACUGAGAAUGGUCGGCCAUCUUCUGCUUGGUGUAGUUCGGAUAUACUCAAAGAAAGUUGACUAUCUAUACCAAGAUUACAAUUUUUUUCUGAUAAGCAUAAGGAAGGCCUCUGCUGCUGUAGAAGUUAAUCUACCAGAAGAUGCAACCCAUGCACCUUUUCAUUCUGUCACUUUGCCGGACACAUAUGAACUUGACGCUGUGAAUUUGGAAGAUGACUUCUAUAACGAGGGGGUUCAGGAUAAUCAUCUUCGGAGCCAGGAUGAGAUAACACUUAAAGUUGAUCAAAUUCCAACUGGUAGAGAUCCGUACAUUACCAUAGCUUUUGAGGAGGAAACAUUGAGGGAUUUUUUACAUUCAGAAGAUGCUUCUGGAUCCGGAGCCAGAACGAUGGAGGAUUUGCAUACUUCAUUUCCAGUGCCCCCAACUUCUGUCUCCGAACAUCCUGUUCAAACAGGAGAUGCUGAGAGGCUUGAUGAAGAUAAUAUCCCAGAAUUUGAAGUUAUGAGGGAUCCUGGUCAUGAUUUUAAUGUGGAUAGCAAUCCACUUUGGCCAGAUCAAGGGAAUGAUGUAAUUGAACCUGACAAAAUUUUGGAGCAAAUGAUAAAUGAGAAGGAAAAUCAUACUCCUGGAGCAGAAGAAAUAUUAGUCUCCGGAGGUCAUUCUCCCCAGUCACAGCAACAUGCAGAACCGAAUGUUUCUGAUGCUUCAGACCAGGCUCCUGACUCUACUACACAUAUUUCAUUUGGGCAUGUAUCACCUGAAUUUGCAAUUCCUUCAAUACCACAAGUUGCUCAGCCAAAAGCAAGACCAAGAAAGAGAAAACAGCUAUUUGAUGAGGCAACAGUAUUGACAAAUAAGUUUAUGAAGGGGGCACUUCAUAACUGUAGUGAUCUAAGGCGAAAGAGGAAAUGUUGCCCUUCUUCUGAUUUGGAUGUCUGGAAGUCAAAUAAUAGACUAAGAAAAGAAAAGAUUUUUUUCGAGCCAUUAAUCACUGGGUUGUGUGCAGAUCUAUGUAACACCUACAAGACGGACUUAAUUUCUGUGAAACCUCAUUUAGCUUCUGUUAAAGAAGCUUCCACAGAGCCCAGUGUUGCAAAGUCCCCUGCUCAGAUGCAUGAACCUGUGCAUGACCUUGAUAUGGAAAUUGAACAUCUUAGAAAUUAUGAAGGCCCUGUUGGCAGCAACAUUUUACAUGAAAUCAUUGGUUCCCCUAAUAGAAUGAUGCCUUCUGAAACCAGAUCCAUGUCUUCUCCGCACAGAAAUGACUUCACUCCUGCUUCGGCUGAUCUCUUAGGCUCAGAAUCAGAACUUCAACAGGGAAAAACUGUUGGGACUGGGGCACAGCCCACACCUGACCUGGCAGCAUCUACUGGAACUUUUGGCUCAGAGACUGAAACACCAAUGACAACUUUCACAGAGUGGCGAGGAUUAGAGAGUACUGGUCUUCCAGAUAUUCCUGAGGUGAUGGAUUCAGCCGAAGAAGAUGACCUACACUUUUUGGCCUCUGAAGACUAUACACCUAUAAACUACCAAAGGACUCUAGGAGUUGACAAAAUAGCUUCAUUAUCUGGGACAACAAGGAAAGUUGUGGAAUAUUUAAAAGAUAAGUCAUCAGUUACACCCAUCUCAGAAGAUUUAUCUGGUGAUAUGAACUUGAACAAUAUUUUAAAAGGAAAAAGCAGAAAAGUAUGUGCUCGAAUGUUCUUUGAAACUCUGAUGAUUGAGAAUACGUAUAUUGAGGUGAAUAUUAUGUGUAUUACCACUUCAGUUACUGCAAAAGUGAAUUGAUGGAAUACUUAAUAAGCAUAUUUCUUGUUCUUGUCAAAUUUCUUGAGAGGAAUUAGUACUUGAUACUGUGAAGUGUGAACAGUACCAUACAUAUCCAUAUUGGUGAGGUCUGAUCCAAUUAUUCUGCUUGGUCAUCCAUAAAACAAUUCUAUUACAUUUUUAACCUAUUUGCCUAUUUAACGAUGGUUUUUGGUAUUAGAGCAAUUUUCAUUCUGCUCCAAGUCUGAGCAGUUCUUGUUUAUGUUUGUUGGGGUAACUAGUUCACAGUAAACCAAGAGAGCUAUUGCAUCUCUACAUGGUUUCAAUUAUCUGUCAACUUCAUCACAUUGGACUAA